AUGCCAGGCACGGGAACUGAGGGCUUCCACGGUUUCGUGGUAUCGGUGGCGAUCGUGAAAAAUCUUCAAAUGCAGAUGCAUUCACCGAGUGAAGCCCAGCUCACCGAACGAGCCGAAUCUUUCUGUCGAGCGUUGGAGGGGCGAUGGGCACUCGGCGACUGCGGCAACUCGGUGAUCGUCUUCGUUUGGGAACACUAUAAAAAGGUAAAUAUCGCAUUUUGUGGCCUCCAAUUUAACGUCAUUUCUUUCCAGAUGAUUAUCUGGCCGGCGCGAUUAGCUGAGAAGUACGUCACCAUUGAGGAGCGAAAGAAACAUUCUUCACAAGGUCUCUUCCGCGAACUCACAGCAUUUCGAAUUUUUCUAUCCGGUCUUACUUUCCAGGUGAACGAGCUCGCUCAAACGGACCAGUGGUACACGGCUCUAUCACAAGUGAUCGGAGAGCUACGGCGAGAGCUGAAUGGAGAGGAACAAGGUAAAGUGGAUACUGGAACUAUAUCGUUGUUGGUGGCGGUUGGAUUCGCCGUAUUGCUCACCAUGCUGAUCACCUGUGAGUACUUUUUGCCCUUUCAUAUUACUCUCAUUGCAGACUUAUAUUCCAUUUCGCUGUUUUUACUUACGAACUAA